AUGUAUGUGCAUUGCCAGAAGCUGAACGAAGUCUUAACCACUGGGAUCGUGCAGGCAGCCCUGAGCACAGGCCGCAGAUGUUAUGUUCCAAGAGUUGAAGACCGCCAGGCGAACAUGAGCUUUUUGAAAAUAGUUUCCAUGGAGGAUCUACAACCUGCUCCACCGUUUGGAAUCUUGGAGCCUCAGGAGUGUGAAGAGAGCGGAGUUCCCCGAGAAAAUGCCCUGCAGGCUGAAGGCCCCUUGGACGUGCUGUUUAUGCCUGGCCUGGCAUUUGACCUCCAAGGAGGGCGACUUGGGAGGGGAGGAGGUUAUUACGAUUCGUUCGUGACAAGAUGCAAAUUGAGAGCCAAAGAGAAAGGAUGGGCGCCUCCUCUACUAGUUGCCCUUACGUUCCAGUGCCAGAUGGUGGAAGAGGUGCCCAUGGGCGGGGAUGACGUACACGUGGACGCAGUCGUGACGUCAGAGAAGAUUGUGUGGUGCAGCGAGAGGGGGGCUGCGGAAGGGUUUGGGCAGUAA